AUGCCCAGAAGGUCUACUACCUUCUCAACUGCUGUUGCAGUAUUCGGCAAUGAUGACCUCUUAACAGAAAUCCUCAUCUGGCUGCCUGUAAGAUCUCUCAUGAAGUUCAAAUCAGUGUCCAGACGCUGGCUCUCCAUCAUCACCAACCCAUACUUCGCUCACCUCCGAAACCGAGCCCACAAGGCCACAGACACCACUGCCUCGGCCCUCUUCCUGCACCGUUCCUCGCUUCUCAUGAACCCUGAAUUCGAGUUCGUCUCCAUCGUAGCCGAAGACCCGUUUCCAGCUCCCUUUCGGUUUCUCACAUUCGUUCAUGAUCCUAGAGGGGUAAAAAUCCUGCAGUCCUGUAAUGGAUUGUUAUGUUGCUGCAGUUUCCGGGCUAGUCGGCCUAAGCGCAAUUUCUAUGUCUGCAACCCCACAACGAAGCAGUACACAACACUUCCUCGCAUUAAUCGUCCCAAAUUUAGCACUAUUUUUGGAGUAAACUUGGCUUUUGAUCCUUCAAAAUCACCUCACUACAAAGUCGUUUGUGUUCGCAGUAGCGAGUCUUCCCCCGAUCAUUAUCAGAUUGAGAUGUACUCAUCUCAGACUGGACCUUGGAGGCUCUCCGGUGAGCCUUUUACAAACUCCAACAACAUAAAUUUUGACCGUGGGGUGUUCUGGAAUGGCGCCAUUAACUGGGUUAGCUCCUGGGGAGAUUCUUUAUACUUCAAUGUCGAUAGUGAGUGCCUCGGGACGAUGCCGAUGCCUGCUGUUCCCGACGGGUGGUUCGAACGGAGGUUCUGGUAUUUCGGGGAAUCCACGAACCGUUUGCAUCUCAUUGAAAUGAAUGAUCCCCGCAGUAGAGAGUUUAAUGUUCUUGAGAUGGGAAGAGAUUACUCUGGGUGGUUUGUGAAGUACAGGGUUGAUCUUGGUUCGAUUGCAAAUGCGUUUCCAGAAAUGGUUUGGGACGAUAUGAGUUGCGCGUUCUCUGUUCUUUCUGUGAUGCGCAGAGAGAGUGAUGAAGAUUCAUUUCUGGUGGUGCACAUCCCUGGAAAGGCUAUAAGGUACAAUUUCAAGGAUGGGACUUUCAGGAAGCUGUGUGAUUUAGGGUGCAACGAUGGUGAGCAUAGUACUGGUACUAACCAUUUUUUAGAAUUUGAAUGGCGUGAUGCUUAUCAAUAUAUUGAGACACUAUCGUGCGUGUAG